AACGUCGCCAAGUUUGUGUCGAGAUUUUGUUUAAGUCGGUUUAGUGUUAAGCCAACUAGGUAUUUGACCUUUGAUAAGGUUGUUGGCGUUACACGUGUAGGGUGUUGUUUUUCUGUGGAGGAUGCUUUUCAUAGUUACAGGUAGCAGUAUUUUAUUAUAUUUUUGUGUUCAGCUUUUACUGCUUAACAGUGUCGUUACUCAGACACUUCAUCUUCUAAAGCUUUCUGUGCUGGGAAUCAGCUAUUCAUGAUAUACCUUACUCUUAUUGCUAGGGUGGCUGACGGCCUUCCGCUGGCUGCGACUAUUCAGGAAGAUGAUAAGCUGAGCCGGGAGGUCUUCCAAUAUCAAAAUCAGGCCAAAGCACUCGAUGUCCAAAGAAUCAUGGUACAGAACAUCGACGAUGUUUUACAACGCGGUGAAGCUCUCUCAACCCUUGACGCUCGAGCAUCCAAUUUGUCCUCAAUGUCAAAGAAAUACCGCCAGGAUGCCUCUGCUCUCAAUUUGCAGUCAGCUUAUGUGAAAUAUGUAUUGUUUUGCAUUCUUUUGCUAGCUGUGUUUACGUACUUUUAUAUUCGGUUUCUAUAAUGUGCCUGUGGUCGGAUAUUUCUGUUACUUAAUUGUAGUAUUAUAAAUCAGUAUACCUAUAUUCAGAUUGUGAUGUCAUUAUUUAUUUGUCUUUGGACUCUUUAUUUGGUAAUGUCUGUCUUUUUUUGAAGAACUAGGCUUUGUAAUUU